GAGGGAGGACCGGAAAUGGAGGGGGCCCGCCGGACUUCCGGUGCGCAUGCGCCGCAGUGGCCCUGGGGCGGAGCGGACGCCUUUCAGGGCGGACCUAGUUCCGGCGCGGAGCCAGGAUGGCGGCGGAGAGCCCUUGCCCGCUGCCCGAGACCAUGCGUCCGGCUCCGGCGGCUUCUGAGGGCCUUUCCAGGCGGCCCCCCUCGCCCCCUUCCUCCGCCUCCUCUUCUCCUUCCUCCUCCUCCUCCUCCUCUUCUUCCUGCCGCCGCCGCCGCCGAGGAAGCUCGGGCUCCUCUUCCGCUUGGUCCCCCUCGGCCUCUCCGCCCCCGGCGCCCUCCUCCUCCCCCCCCGCGCUGCCCGGCUCCGGCUCCCGGGAAGUGGGUCCGUCUGAACGUGGGCGGGACGUGCUUCCUGAGCACCCGGCAGACCCUCUGCCGCGACCCCAGGAGCUUCCUCUUCCGCCUCUGCCAGGCCGGCCCCGACCUCGACUCCGACAAGGACGAGAGCGGCGCCUACCUGAUCGACAGGGACCCCACCUACUUCGGGCCGGUCCUCAACUACCUCCGCCACGGGAAGCUGGUUAUCAACAAGGACCUCGCCGAGGAAGGGGUCCUGGAGGAAGCCGAGUUCUACAACAUCACGUCCCUCAUCAAGCUUGUGAAGGAGAAGAUCCGGGAAAGGGACAGCAAGACCUCCCAGGUGCCCAUCAAACACGUUUACCGGGUGCUGCAGUGCCAGGAGGAAGAGCUGACGCAGAUGGUCUCCACUAUGUCUGAUGGCUGGAAGUUUGAACAGCUGGUUAGCAUUGGGUCCUCUUACAACUAUGGGAACGAAGACCAGGCUGAAUUUCUGUGUGUCGUCUCCAAGGAACUGCAUAACACUCCAUAUGGCACAGCCAGUGAGCCCAGCGAGAAAGCAAAGGAAGAGGCUCGGCUGAGGAUCAAACAAGCCACUGGCACACUUUCCAUAUGGAGUUGUUGCUCUCCUGCUGAGCUGCUGCAGUGUUUGGGGUGCAGAGUGAGUGAAGAGCACCAGGAAGCUGUUGAGAUGCUGAAUGCGUGGAACAGACAAGACUCUAAAGGCCAGUGUGCAGCUGUUGGACUGGGCAAGGGGCAGGAGUGUGGCUGGAGAAGGCAUUUUUUAAAGACCAAGUGCAUUUAUGCAUCUUUUUUUGAAAAAAAAAUGCUUUUAAAGAUUGAGGGAUUUUUUUAUUUUCAGCAUAAAGCAACCAGAUCUGUUGUCUGUUACUGCAAAUUAACCUUCAUUAAGAAAACAGUCAGUGUGGGGAAGCUGAACACAUGCCAAAGGAAGAAAGAAAUGUAGAAUUACUCGGUAGGGCAUCCACUUGUUUUCCCAGAACAAAGGGGCCUGUCUUGCUGGGUUACCCCAACACCAAUGCCUUCCCAAAACAACCCAUAAACUUACCAGCAGGGCUUCUCUUUGGAUCCUUCCCCUGCCCUCUUUCUCCAGAUCAGAUACGUUGAUCUUCUGGCAGCUUCCUCAGCGUUUGGUGUGAGCCUUGGCAGCUCGGUUGCCCUCCACCUUCCCUUCCCACAGCAGACUUCUGGAGGGCUGCGCAGAGAGCGUGCGCACUUGCUUUGGCUUGGCUCAACUCUCACUUUCUUUCUUUUCCUUCCCUCCCCUUUCUUUACACUUGCUGCAUGCUGCUCAGAGUGAAGAUGAGGAGACGGAUUACAAUGUGAAUGACUCAGAUUAAGUGUGGGUGCCAUGGUGAGCACUAGGAAUCCACCCCACCAUCCUCUCCUGGUAGCGCAUUUUGUCUUUGUGAUUGUAGCUGGCUUUACCCCUCACACUGUGUGGAAACACAUCCCUAGGCCUGCAUUUGUCUGCCUGGAACCAUCCCUGAUGUGUUUUAGCAGAAAUGUGUGUUGCGGCUCAUUCUACUCUGAGGGGAGAGUCUCUAUCGUGGAGGCCAGACAGUGCUUUCGCUUGUGCAGCAACCCUCCCUGCCCUGCUCAGCACUGAUGGAAGGGCAAAAAAGCCAGAUGUGGACAGACAAGAGAUAGAUGUGACCACUUGGAUGCACAUCUCAUAGUAAGCAGGGCUUCUCAGAGCUUGACAUGAACAAUUUACUUGUGGGUUGUGCUCUCCUAUUCUGUCUGACCUCCCUUGGUUUCAGACUGUAGAAAUGGCUUUAUCCCCAUCCCAGAUCCAAAGGCCUCUGGUGUCUACAGUGGACACUUGGACUGAGGUGAGGUGGCAGGGAGCCUGGCUGUUGUGUCCUGGAAGUAGCUGCAGGGUCCCUUCCAGGGGCCAUGAUGGAGCAGGGGCUGACCGUGAGCCCCAUUGUCUGGCCACAGCCAUGCAUUCUCUGAGGGUUCCCUGGCCCCUGUCCUGUCAGGUGACAUUGGGCUCAAGGGAUACAAAGAGCGGGAGGAGAGUCUGCAGGUGGUAGUUGCACAGAGGUGACUCUGGGGCACAGGUGCCCUUCUGUUGGAAUCCACAACUCUGAGGCUGGGAACAAGCUGCGAAAGGCUCCAGGUUGCCUCUCGACCUGCCUUUUGAAGGAAGGAGCCACUGCCUGGAAUGCAGUGGCUUCUAGAAUGGGAUGCUAUGGCCUCAGCCCUUCCAACAAUCAGUGCAGGGCCCUCAGCAACAGGGCAGAGGCUCCCUCAGGCGGAAGGGACAGGAGGUCUUGGCCAAGGAUGGCUCCUGUGCCGCAAGAGAAGGCAGCAGCUGCCAAGGAAUUUCUAAAAGGGGGCUUCUUUUUGAGAAGCCGUGUCAAUAGAGACAUGUCUGGGUCUUUCCAUCAAAAUGGAAAAUGCAACUGUUAAAAUAAAAUAAAAUACGGUGCCAAAAUAGUCUAAAGGCGCCAGAUCCUUUCUGAUCUUGGAGGUUAAGCAGGGUCAGCCCUGGUUAGUGCUUGGAUGGGAAACUGCCAAGGAAUACCAGGUGCUGUAAGCUGUAUUUUCAGUAGAAAGAACUGCCAAAACCCCACCUCUGAAGAUUACUUGACUAAAAACCCUACAAGAAUUAUAGGGUCAGCAGGUGGCUUGAAGGCACAGGCACACACGCACUUUCCCAAGUGUCAUGAUCUGGAACUUCAGUGAACAGACUUCUUCCCAUUAAAGUUAGAAAAUGAUUGCUUUACAUGUCACUGAAUCACUGGCUGUGAAGAAACCAGCUCCACAGAAUACAGUGCUCAAUUUGUCUCUACUCUUCCAUCAGGCCUCUAGUUAAAGCUUCAUUAGACCCCCGUAGCUCAGUAGUUUGCUCUGAAGAGUCAGGAAAAGGCAGGAGAGGUCUGACUUCAUAUGGGAAGAAUUAAUACAGAAAGUGACUGGGGGUCGGGAGCAGAUUGCCAUGAUGCCUUUUGGGGCGGAGGGCGGGGUGGGUAAAUACAUAGAGGUUGCUGUGAAAGAGUCCAUGCUGGAAACCUUGAUGCACUGUAAAAACUUGUUUUCUUCAAAAUUGGGGCAGAAAAGGUAACCUAAGUCUCUGCAACAAACACAGUCCAAUAAAUGUAAAACAAGAGACAGGAGGAGGAAGAGGACGUCUCCCUUACUGGACAUAGAUGCUCUCAGAUCUGCCAGCAUAACCAGGUUUUCCUGUCUGCAGACUGGUCCUUUCUCCCCUCGUGACUAACAUUCAGUUCCGUAUUUUGAUGGAAAGAUGGCAAGUUGGGAGGGGGAGAAAGAAGCAUCAUACUACUUGUCUUUACUGCUCCAGGUGAGCAAAUAAUUUGAGGCAGAUAAGGCGGUUCAUGCUGGACACGGAGCUAGGGCAUGGAUCCGGUGGAGGGUUCCCACCCCUGCCCCCAAGGGUUGUUUUUGUUUCCCUGAGGCUUGUCAACGCAGCAAAAGCAUUUAUCAUUUUGCCCAUCCCAAAAGCUCUUUUUUCCAGAUGGAAACAGACAUACUUCCCAUGUACCAAACCUAAGGCUGUCUUGUUCCCAGAGUGCCAGACUUGCCAAAGUGGAGUCAUACCAGUGGUUUAGUUCCUCCCAUCCAUGAGGGUAUGAAUGCCUUCCCUGAAGGGAUGCCUUCCCUGAAGGACUGAGGUAUUAUGCAGGGGAAUAGCAUAGUCGCUGAAGGUGGGGCUGCAGAAACGGAGCCAUUGCUCCGGUGGCAGCAGCCGUGGAUGGAGCUGUGGGUUGAGCCUUUGGUAGCUACUUUGUGCCCCUGAAUCAGUCAGGGAGAGUGUGGGACUCACAGAAGGAAGAGCUCAUGGCGUCUUGCAGGUGAGUUUUGCAGGGACUGGGGCUGUAGGUGCCUGGUCUGCUUCACCCGUCUCCCUUCCUCAGAGUUGGGGGCUUCGGUCCAGGGUUCAGCAGCCACUGCCUUGACUUGGGCCAACUGCAAAAAGGGUUCCUUCUUUUUACUUGGUUCUCACUGAAGCCCUGGAUGGUGCUGAGAGAGGGCCGGGUUCAGUUGGAAGAGCCCUUCCAAGGCCCCAGUCCUGUUAGAACAGUUUGUUAUUUCCAGUCGGUCACCAUGUUUCUCCCUUUCAGAUCUUGCAAGAGCGCGGUUCGAGGAUGUAGCUGUGCUCCAGAACGGAAUGACAAAGACCUUUCUUUUGAAUCGCCGCACAAAGAUGCAUGGCACCAGGAGGAAGCCGCUUUUCCUUCCACAUCUUUGUGGGUCUGGAUUUUGGGCCUUCUGCGGAUGGUGCCCCCUCCUGGGCCCUGAUGCCUGCUGGCCAUUGUGCUGAUCCUGGCCUCAUGGAAGACACCACAGACGGCCCUUGUGCCCAGGGCUGCACCUGCUUCCCCACCGGUUGGUCUGCCACCUGGCCCAGGGCUCCCUGGACAAAGCCUUCUUCGCUGCCAGGGACUGGCUUGAACUUCCUUGGUGCCAUGUCUCCUCUGGGAGCCUCUCUCUCUCUGAGAAAGAUGGACGCUGACCACACGCAAGCAGCCAUGGGCCUCUCCUGGGCUAUUCAGCCGUGCAUCUGCCGCCCCCUGCUUUUGGCCUCUGUCUCUGAGGAGGCCUUUCUCUCUUGCAAGCGUCACUUUGGGGCCAAACGAGGAGCGAUGUCUUCCUUUCAGAGCCAAGGGCCCAGAGGGGCCUCAAGAGACUUUAGGGGCACCUGAGAACAGGAGGCAGCCCUGGCACCCCAGUCUCCAGACUGGUCCAGAUGGUCUCUGGGGGGGUCUGCUGGCCCAGAAGCCAAGGAGCGAAAGCAGGCCUUCCUGCAAUUCUCGGCUGGACGCUUGCAGUCAUUCUCUUGUCAUCUAUGCAUCCCUUUGUGGCGUUUUGGAAAGCACUGGUUUCCUUAAGAGAGGCCUGUGGCCAAUGUGAAGAAACGCGACUGGAGCUGUUUAGUGCGCUGUGUUUACAGGAAACUUCAUGGCAUGCUUUUGAAAUAGACUAUAAGAGAGAAGAGCCAUGCCUUUCUCAGCUGCCCCUACAUUGGACUCUUUCGUUAGAGGACUUGCAGGAGUCUUGCAUGGACUCGGCCUCUGCCCUCGGCCUCUUUCCCGCUCAGGCUGGGCUCCGCAGAAGGACGGAGGGAGGCUAGGGCUGGGCUGCAUUCGCCGAAAUGAGGCUGUGAUUCUGGGAGUGAAGUGUUUCUACUUUUAUACUUUUCUAGGCCUCUGUCUUUCAUUUCCUUAAAGCGAGUAUCAAUCAUG